GGCACCUGUGGGAGCCUCCGUUACAGGUAUCAUGCCAGAACAAACUCCCAAAAAGCUGAAAACUGGCUGCAACCCGUGGGAGGACAGUUUCCGUCUCCCAAAGUCUGUUCAGCCAGACCAUUAUUCUGUGUACUUACAUCCAGACUUGUCAACCAAGACAUUCUCUGGCAAAGUAAGCAUUGACGUCACAACUUCAGAGGCACUGGACCACUUCCUCGUGCACACAAAAUGGCUCAGUAUUACCCAGACUAAACUUGUCAGAGUAAAUGGAAACCAAACUCAGGAUGUACCACUUACUGAGGCCUUUGAAUAUGAACCCAAUGAGUUCUGGGUCAUCAGAACUGCUUCUCUGGUGGAAUCAGGCACUUUCAGGGUCACAAUGAAUUUCUCAGGGUCCCUCCAGAAAGGCAUUGUGGGGUUCUACUACUCUGAAUAUACUGAUCAGUCUGGAAAUCGAAGAGGUUUAGCCACGACAAAGUUUGAGCCCACAUACGCUCGCCGUGCCUUCCCAUGCUUUGAUGAACCGAGUUUCAAGUCCACUUACAAGAUCACCAUAGUCAGACCCUCAGAUGGAUACAUUGCUCUCUCUAACAUGCCAGUUAUGGAAGAAGUGGAAGGAACACCAGCAAGAGGCCUCACAGAAGUCGUGUUUAACAAGUCUGUACCAAUGGUGACUUACCUUGUGUGCUUUAUUGUGUGUGACUUCACAUAUAAAGAAAAAGUUAUGUCGAGUGGCAUGCCUUUCCGCGUGUAUGCUCCUUCAGGUAGGCUAGAGAACUCCCAGUACGCUCUCGACACCGGUGCAAGUAUUCUGCAGAUGUACGAGACCAUGUUUGAUCUUCCCUUUCCUCUCCCAAAGAGUGACAUGGCAGCCAUUCCCGACUACUCAUCUGGAGCGACUGAACACUGGGGGAUCAUAACUUUCCGAGAGACAGCCAUCUUUUACAACAAGAGCCAGAGCUCGGCAUCCAACAAGCAGCGAGUGGCAUCUGUCAUAGCGCAUGAGCUGGCACAUCAGUGGUUUGGUAACCUCAUGACACUUGAUUGGUGGAAUGAUCUAUGGCUCAAUGAAGGUUUUGCAAGCUAUGUGGAGUUCAAAGGAGUUGACCACAUUCACCCAGAUUGGGACAUGGAAUCUCAGUUCCUGACCAGGAAUCUGCAGGUGGUGAUGAAAAGUGACUCUUGCCUCAGUUCUCACCCAAUUGUCAAGUGUGUGGAUACAACUGAUCAGAUUAAUGCCAUGUUUGAUGUCAUAUCUUACAAAAAGGGGUCAUCUGUGUUGAGGAUGCUGGAAAACUUCAUGGGGGAGGCUGCCUUCCAAAAGGGCAUUAAUUCGUUCCUCAAAAAAUAUGCCUAUGAUAAUGCAGUGACGCAGGACCUGUGGGCAGAACUUACCGCAGCUUGGUCUAGUUGUGUGCCUGAUGGACAGAAGAGUGAUGUAGGGGCGAUAAUGGACACCUGGACACGCCAGAUGGGUUACCCUGUAGUCACUAUGGUGCGAACAUCUCCUGAAACUCUGGUGUUGACCCAGAAGAGGUUCCUCCAGGACCCAACGGCAAAACAUGAUCGAUCAUGUUCAGAGUUUGAGUACAAAUGGGACAUCCCAAUAAGUUACUUCACCUCAUCAGACUCCACUACCCAGAGGGCUUGGCUCUACCGGAAAGAUGGCAGUUUGACAUUGAAAAUAGAUCCAGGAGUAACAUGGGUUAAGGUGAAUGUUCAACAGAAGGGCUACUACCGUGUCAACUAUGAGACUAACAUGUGGAAACAGCUAGAAAAACUUUGUGCCGAUAAGGUUGUGGGCACUGCAGAACGAGCGAACCUCUACAAUGACGUCUUUGCACUCGCUGAUGCUGCCUUGGUGGAUUAUUCUGUAGCUCUCAACUUCAGUCGUGGUCUGGCGUCUGAAACAGAUUACGUGCCCUGGGACUCGGUAUACACGCACCUCAUUGUUAUGACAAGAUUAUUAGCAGAAACAAAAGCCUGUCAGCCAUUCCAGGAGUAUGUGUCCAGCCUAGUAAAGCCUAUAUACACUAGCCUUGGAUGGGCAGACAAAGGCGACCAUUUACAGAAGUUACUACGGGUUGAUGUCCUGUCCUUGGCCUGUGUAAAUGGCAACAAACUUUGUCUUGAGGAAGCUGCCACUGAACUAGAGAGAUGGAUCACCGAUGUUUCACACUUUCUGCCUCCCGGCACUCGUAGACAAGUGUAUCGGUGGGGCAUGGUACAGUCAGGAUCCCAGGAGAAUUGGGAAGUGAUGUGGCAGCGUUCACUGGUCGAGCAGUGUGCCACUGAACAAGACAAUUUCUACUUUGGUUUAGCCAAUGCUCAAGAUAAAAAUAUUUUGCAGAGGUACAUAGAACUAGCCCAAGAUGAAAAGAAUGUACGCAGCCAAAACUUGUACAGUGUGCUGUUAUACAUCUCGGAUAACCCUGCUGGUACUGACCUAGUCUGGGAUUGGGUUAGGUCAAAUUGGGAAUGGUUGGUCAACCGUUAUACCCUAAACGACAGGUAUCUUGGCCAACUCAUCUUCAACAUAUCCAAAUAUUUCUCCACAUCAGAAAAGCUGACUCAGAUGGAGAAGUUCUUUACUCAGUAUCCAGAUGCUGGUGCAGGGGAGUUGAACCGGCAGCAAGCGCUUGAAUCCAUCCGUUUGAACAUCCGUUGGGUGAAGUCUUAUUCCACCACCAUCCUUAACUGGCUUAACUCACAAAAGAAAUGAGUUUAGAAAUAUCUUCAUAAAAAUUUUUAUAAUGUCUGCAGGAGUUGUGUAUAAAAGGAUCAGAAUUUUCUAUGUAUAUUAGGUAAGUCAGAAUGGCAUGAUUUUCUACCAUGGUCAAUCUUACCUCAGUGAUACUUUUUAUCACUGCCUGUUUUUCACAAUGACAACUGAAGAGGCAUUUCUAAUAUUUGUAAUUCAUUGUGAGAGAAAUCAAUUAAGUUCUUUAAUAUCAAAUCUUGUGACUCAGAACAUUUGCUCGACUCUUAAGUCUCUUACAUUUUCCCUAAUCGAUGCUUACAUACAAGAAAUUGUUUUUAUAUUUUUAAGUCAUUACUUUAAAACUUACACUUCA